UCUGCACACACACACACUCUCAGCUUGACUCACUUACCUGCUCCACACGGCUGCUUCCAUCGGACUCAUACACACACACGCGAUCAUCACUUUCUGAAACACUCAUCAAGAGGAGGGACUCGUUUAAUAUAUACGGAACACACACGCGCGCACACACACACACACACACACACACACACACACACUUUCUGAAACAGGAGGAGGGCUCAGGAGCUUGAAAAAGGAGGGACCAACUUUCUGCUUCUCUGACUAACUGAUCGCACGCUCUCCUCUUUACUCCCUCUCUAACUCUGUCUGAGACACACACACACACACACACACACACACACAGCACCCGUGCUGCUGCCCCCCGGAGGACGCGCGGCUCCCCGGACCUCCCUGGUGCUCGCUGCCACAACCUCGUCCUCCUCUCCCUCGCCCUGCGCCGGCCGUCAUGCAGGUGUCGAUCGCCUGCACGGAGCACAGUCUGAAGGGACGGAAUGGCGAGCACGGCAAGCCGAGCACCACGAGCCCCGGCGUGGUGAACGCGGCGCGGGCCAAGUUCCGGACGGUGGCCAUCAUCGCGCGAAGCUUCGGCUCCUUCACCCCCCGCCACCACAUCUCCCUCAAGGAGUCCACGGGCAAACACACGGGCAUGAAGUACCGGAACCUUGGGAAAUCUGGGUUGAGAGUAUCGUGUUUGGGCCUUGGAACCUGGGUGACAUUUGGAGGUCAGAUUUCUGAUGAGGUGGCAGAGCAGCUUAUGACCAUUGCCUAUGAGAAUGGAGUCAACCUGUUUGACACAGCGGAGGUGUAUGCUGCAGGCAGAGCUGAAAUUAUUCUAGGAAAUAUCAUCAAGAAAAAGUGCUGGAGGAGAUCCAGUCUAGUGAUCACCACAAAGCUCUACUGGGGGGGGAAAGCAGAGACUGAGAGAGGCCUUUCUAGGAAACAUAUAAUAGAAGGACUCAAGGGCUCCCUCCAGAGGCUACAGCUGGAAUAUGUAGACGUGGUCUUCGCCAACCGGCCAGAUAGCAACACACCAAUGGAGGAGAUUGUGAGGGCCAUGACCUACGUGAUCAACCAGGGAAUGGCCAUGUACUGGGGAACAUCACGAUGGACAGCCAUGGAGAUCACGGAGGCGUACUCUGUGGCGAGGCAGUUUAACCUCAUCUCCCCUGUAUGUGAGCAGGCAGAGUAUCAUCUCUUCCAAAGGGAGAAAGUGGAGGUGCAGCUGCCAGAGCUGUACCACAAGAUAGGUGUGGGUGCUAUGACCUGGUCUCCUCUGGCCUGUGGCGUCAUCACUGGAAAAUAUGAAAAUGGCAUCCCAGAAUCCUCUAGGGCAUCGAUGAAGUCAUACCAGUGGCUGAAGGAUAAGAUUCUCAGCGAGGAUGGGAGGAAACAGCAGGCCAAGCUGAAGGAAUUGUCCCAUAUCGCAGAGAAGCUUGGCUGUACACUGCCCCAGCUUGCUGUGGCCUGGUGUCUGAGGAAUGAAGGAGUGAGUUCUGUUCUCUUAGGAACCUCCAACCCAGAACAGCUAACGGAAAACUUGGGAGCCAUCCAGGUCCUUCCCAAGAUGACCUCCCACGUGGUGUCCGAGAUUGACCACAUCCUCGCGAACAGGCCCAACACUAAGAAAGACUACCGCUCCUAAGGAUACGGGCUCCCGCGCCCGGUGCUGAUCCGAACACGCCACCACCCCUUUUCCUCUUCCUCCUCCUCCUCCUACAGGAGUCUGCGAGAGCUGAGCCUGGUUGUGCACCUACUGCCUCCUCCCCUUUCGCCCACGCAGGCUCGGCGCCGUGACGACGAGAACCGCCUUCUCCAAACCGCGGCUUUGUAAGCGCCGACAUAGCUGCACCUCCGACUAGCACCACCUCCGACGCCAUCCUGACCCUGAUCAGUGAACUGAAAGCCAUCACAGCUGUGUGGGGACCUGGAGAACCGCUAUAGGGGCCGCUGGUGUGGAGCCCUCUGCUGUUCAAACGGGAGAACCGCAGCCUUGAUUCAAUAAACUUGCAAAGAGCACCAGUUCUGUGGAACGAGGUGUCUUGUUCUGUGCAUCCUUAGAUCUAGCCUCUGUCAGUCCCUUGCUUCUGUAAAGAGAGCCUGCAUCGCUGAUCACAUCACUAAUUAAAGAAACAGUAUCGUUAUCAUCCUCGCUUUUGGCCAAUAAUGGGCAACGUUUGGCUUACGACCUUUGAAAUUUAGGAUAGGAACAAAAGCAGAGCAUUUUAGUCGCUAACCCAGACAAUGUCUUCAGCUGUCACACUGUGUGUAUAUGUGUGUGUGUGUAUGUAUAUAU